AAGCUGCAGCAGAUCUGCUCAUCAGCUGGCCAGGGGUGUUUAAGCAGCUGGGAGACUUCUACACCUCGCUGGAUGAUUACUCUACCUGGGUACCUUCUAACAGCCACUAGUUUAUCUUAUUCGAGCUUUUGAGAGUUAGAUUGUGUUUUUGGAAUUUGGAGUUUAAGAAUUUAAUGAGUUUUGGAUUUUUGCCUUUUGACCUCCUGCUCUUGUUCCCAGACAAACCUACACACUCAUCUCAGACUGGCAGAACUCUGGAGCCCACACCAUCUGGAACUCCAACCGCACGUCUCUCAGCCUCUCCCCUGGCCAGAACCCCCUCCAGCUGCCCACCUAAACUUCCUGGACCUCCACAAGCUCAGCUCCCUCCACGUCUCACUUCUUGGAUCUCAGCCCCUGCAAAGCCUCUCAACCCAGACCGGACCACUCCUCCCUCAAACCAGUUCCCUCCUCUCCAGACCAUUUCCCGCACCAGCUUCCUUGUGCAAGAACUCAGCUACGUUUACGCUGCUUCCUUGGUUUCCCUUUUAAUAAAUCCUUAUUUAAACAUUUUACACCGUCUCAGAUCUGAUUCUGUAUGUCGUGGGUUAGAUUUCUUCACCACAACAUGACAGAAUCAUCCAGCCAUUCCUCUAACCUCAGUACAGAAUCAGUUCCCUCUGUCGUUUCCGCCACCCUAGCUCAGCACAGUAAUUCACUCCAAGCUCUGUCCGAUCAACUCUCCCACACUAACCACACCUUGUUUGAAGUAGGAACGAUGGUAAAGGAAUUAAGCCACAGACUCACCUCCCCGGAGCAAGCCUCAUCCCCCGCUCAGAGUCUGCCCGGACCCGUUCUUCCUGCACCAUCCAGUCUUCCCAGCUUCCGGGUCGCUACCUCUCCUCCACUGGAGACGUUUGAUGGCAACCGGGAGGUUUG